CAGUCAGAUACUGGCUAGACUUCAGUUUGUCAGCGUUUAGUUUGCAUAGACUCUGAGAGACGCAGCGUUUCUGGCGGUGUGCGGCAGAGUGGUGAGGACACAUGUGGACUGUUCUGGUUGCGCUGCUGCUGUUUCCCCAGUCACUGGGGUUCAGGGUGGAAUCUGGAUGUAUGAAGUGGAGACACGUUUCCAACCCUGUUUCUGGCGUCUGCUGUGAGGUCUGCCACUCAGGAAACCGCAUGGUGACAGAGUGUGGCUCUGACCCGACUGGCCUGUGCGAGCCGUGUGCAAAUGGAACAUACGUCGCCGAGAGCAACGCGAUGUUUUGCAGCAGAUGCAGUGCAUGCACAGCUCCCCAAAGAGUGAAGACCCCCUGCACUUCCAAGCAUGAUACACAGUGCGAGUGUGUUCAUGGCUUCCUGUGUGGAGACCCUUCGUGUUCCUUCUGCAUCAAAGAAUGUGGCCGAGGUGAAGAACCUACAGACCUCAGAAGCUGCCGGCCUUGUCCAGCAGGGACGUUCAACAACCAGCCCCACAGCCGCUGCGUGAAGUGGAUGGAGAGCUGUCCUGAACCGGAUCAGCGGGUCACGACUCCGGGCACGGCCUUCAGUGACAUCGUCUGCAGUACGGAGCCUGACCGCAGACCCACCACACCGCAGGCAGAUCUCAGCCCACGACACUCGCAUGACUCUGUAGGGUUCGUGCUGGCGGUGUCUGUGGUCUGCACCUGUCUGAUCAUCUGUGUAGCUCUACCGCUGCUGGUGACCAGUGUGUGGAGGAGGGGAGAGCCAAUGAAAAAGCCUCAAGACACACAGGAAGUCCUCGCAGGUCAGAGGUCAGUGUCUGACCUGGAACACUGUAGUUUCUGUUUCCCGCAGGAGGAGUGUGGGAGCAUUAGCGCAGCGUCCCUCAUCUCCCACGGCGAUGACAAACCCUUCGAGCUGGUCGUGUGACAUCACGAGAGACGCGCUCUUUCCAGCAUGCACAAUGUCUAUUUAUUUUAGAAAUAAAGGAUUUGUUUAGUACAUAAAUGAUUUUAAAGCUUGGUGCACUUGUAUAGAUGUUACUGUAUGAUACGUUAGUGUUUGAUGAUAUAUGGGACAUGAAAUGAAAUUCACUUUGUUUCGUAGUAUUUUUAUAGCUUUAAUUCACAUAUAACCCUGUUGGAUGUAUUCUGUUAGCCCUAUUUAUGGAUCUACACACCAAAAUGUGAUGUAUAUUACAUUUGUUUUGUAAACAUUAUAAAUUCACGUACAUUAAAAAUCUCUGACCUGA